AACCGGGCCUUGGGCAGUCUGAGGUGAGAGGAAAGAAUCGCUUCGCAACUCCUUCCCACGUAAUCCAAAUCCAUGUGAUGGUCAUUGAGUCUUUCCAGUUCAACUCGAACACUUGGGUGAUGACUCCUCCCCCCAAUUCCCCACCCUCUCGUUUGGCGAACACCAGCACUCCCAAAGGUACAUACCGCAGCAGUUGGUCCCAAUGUCGUUGCUGAGUGACGCUGGGGCCAGCGAAGUUGUUCCAGAUCCCCCUCAAGCGCGUCCCAGCCCCAGCGCCAGUCGACGACGGGAAAAGCCACAACUGUCAUGCAACCUCUGUCGACGUCGAAAGCUACGAUGCGACCGCCAACAGCCAUGUUCAACCUGCUCCUCACGGGGCCUUGCGUGCACCUACGCUGACAAUUAUGCCACCGCCUUAUCCCUGCCCAAGCCGGCAGCUAUGCACGACCGCAUCGUUCAGCUUGAACGCCUUGUCAUGUCUCUCAUGCCACGCCCUGGCCUUAGCUCCAUGUCCGGCCCCUCUCCGGACCCCGGCCCCACUCCCGACCUGGGCCCCGGUCUCAGCCCGGUACCCGGUGCCAAUCCGGUGCCUCACGCCAUGACCACUCCCGCCGAGACAGCGCCCUCGGCCAUGGAAGUAACUACGCCCAUGGAAGUGGGAUCUGAAUGCGGGAGCAUGCGCAUGAGUGCCUCCGAGCUACGCUACGUCAGCGGUGACCACUGGACAGCCAUCCUAGACGGGAUUGCCGAUCUCAAGGAUCACUUCGACCAAGAAGAACGGUUCCGGUUAGCCCAGGACGACCACGACACCGUUCCCGGCGAUGCAACAAGCGGCCUCCUGGGACCUCGCUCCACUCCCACACUUCUUCUUUACGGUUGUCGCUUACCAAGCUCGCGCGCUGAGAUCCUCGCCGCCUUGCCGCCAAAGAGUGCUGUCGACCGGUACAUAUCUCGCUACUUCAACCGCUUGGACCUAGUUCACUCCAUUAUCCAUGGCCCCAGCUUUCUUCGAGAGUACGAGGCAUUCUGGACCAACAUAACAAGCGUCCCAGUCGUAUGGGUUGGUCUCCUUUUCAGCAUGAUCUCCCUCGCCCUGCUUGCGUCGGAUGCCUCCGACACCGCCCAUGGUGACCCGGAGCAUCGGUCCGCCCAAAUCGACCUCUACCGCGAAAAGACAGUACAGUGCCUCGUAAUUGGCGAAUACACCAAGUCCGGCCCAUACGUCCUAGAAACGGUAAUCCAUUACGUCUACAUCGAACUAAUCCUCCGAGGCGACGCCGACAAAGAUAUCUGGUUUUUAUUUGCCCUCGAGGUGAAUCUAGCUAUGCGUAUGGGCUAUCACCGUGAUCCCAGCCAUUUCCCCGGCAUUUCUCCACUUCAAAGCGAGAUCAGGCGGAGACUAUGGGCUACCGUCCUCCAGGGUGAUAUACUCAUUUCGGCGCAGAUGGGGAUGCCGCGCAUGAUCUCAGACUCGAAAUGGGAUACGGCAGAGCCACGCAAUCUCAGCGACACCGACUUCGACGAGAACACAGCCGAGUUGCCCCCACCCCGCCCCGAGACUGAACUCACACCGGUCCUUGGUAUCAUUGCGAGGAGGAGAAUGUUUGUGGCCCUCGGUGCAAUAUCCGAUGUCACUUCUGCCGCCCAACCGUGUGGCUAUUCAGAGGUUAUGCGGGUCGACGGCAUUCUACAGCAGGCAGCUACUGCCAUCCCCCCGCCACUGAAGCCUAAGCCCUUGGCCAUUAGCGUUACGGACACCCCCGAAGUUAUCAUGGCCCGCCUGUUCAUUACGCACCUGUUCCACAAGGGGCAAAUCAUGCUUCACCGCCGCUUCCUCUACUUGGACUCCCCUUCUCCCGACGAGGACAUCUUCGCCUACUCCCGCACUGCCUGUCUAGACGCGUCGAUAGGCGCUCUUCAGAUUCAACAUAUUCUCGAUGAAGAGACCGGCCCCGGAGGGCAGCUGUACACGAUGCGCUGGCGUGUUUCUUCCAUAAUGAACCACACGUUUCUGACCGCGACCAUGGUGUUGUGUUCCAUGUUACACCGCGGCCGGACGCUGCAGCGAGAAGAUGAGAUUCUGCGGGCACUUAGGAGAACGAGGACCAUCUGGAUGCGCGCCAGCUCGGGCUCCCGGGAGGCGAAGAAGGCAGCCGAGACGGUGAGCAUCGUCCUUGCGAGGGCGGGAGAAGGUCGCGGUUCCCCGGAGCAUCAAUAUGGGAACACAGCUCAAAAUGAUGAGCAGGGUGGUGGGGCUAUGUCUCUGCAUCAAGGCACCCAGGGUACCAUGACGGCCGAUUAUGUCUCUACCGACGGUAGCCAUCCUGGGAGGGCCGGAAUCCAUGGGCAAGAUAUGCUGCGGCAAGACAGCACAAGCUUGGGAAGUACUGCUUUUGAUCCGGAUAGAUUCGUUAUGCCGAGUCUCUUGGGGACUUUCACGCCUCCGGAUGCCCAGGGACAGACAAUUAACUUCAAUUACAGCCCCGGGCUGGAUGGUAUGGGUAUCUCAUUGGAUGAAUGGAUUCAAACGAACAAUAGGUUUACGGCACCAUAGUAGGGGUGAUGGACUUGGUUUACGGAUUACUUUUCUGCCUCUCUCUGGUGCUUGAGCUUCUUUGGCGGGAAACAAAACACAAAGGGCUUUUGACUUUUGCUUUGAGUGUGCCCUGCAGUGAUGGCGUGCGGCAGAAGGAUUUUGUUGGUAACAUAAGAGGAGAAUGCCGCCCCCAAGCGUCUCCCUUUAACCAUCGUCAGGUCUCAACGGGGAGAUCGUCUCGAGGGAAUUAAUUACCUACCCUUGCCGGACCGAGUCCUAGCGCUAAUAUACCCCUACUUGGGUGGGUGAAAUACUUGAGUGGGGGAUUUGUCGUGAG